UUCUCGGCUUAUCGGCUUUCGGAGCCCCUUGUUCGUUAAGUACCUGUUGUCUGGUCAUGGCGGCCACUCUUAUCAUCAGACCUUUAGCUUGCUUUUCCUCUCCUCCUCCUCCUCAUCCACCUCCGCCGCUCCUUCAUUAUGCUUCUUCUUUCAGAUUAUGGACGCCAUUUUUCAGAGGAGGAAGUAGAAUUCUCUCUUCUCCAUUUAAUAACCAUGACUUCCUUCGCCGCCACAGUUCUUCCUCCUCUCAGUUUCCAUCCCUCACUGCUCUCAGUGCCAUCGCUACUGGUCCUGAUCGUAUUGCUCGUUUUGACAGCCAGGAAUCUGACACGGACCCCAUUUCCAUAUUCAACGACAGGAUUCUCAAGGAACAAUAUUCUAGACGAGCUUCCGGGAGGCCCAACACUGAGUCGGAUUCCGGUUCCAGUUCCGAUGUAUCGAAUGAAGAGGUUGAUAAGUACAUCCAAAUGGUGAAACAGCAGCAGCAAAGGGGGUUGCUGGAGUUGAAAAAGGGUCAUAUGCUUAGAAAAGGCGGUUCCAAUAACGGUGACGCUAAUUUCAGUUACAAAGUUGAUCCGUUUACUCUUGAAGAAGGUGAUUAUGUUGUGCAUAAGAAAGUUGGCAUAGGUCGUUUUAUAUCGAUCAGACCAAGCAUCCCGGAUGGCGAAACUACCCCAAUUGACUACGUUUACAUUCAGUAUGCUGAUGGAGUGGCUAAACUUCCUGUUAAGCAAGCCUCUAGAUUCCUCUAUCGCUAUAAUCUUCCAAAUGAAAGCUCAGCACCUCGAGGUCUGGGCAGAUUGAAGGACACAAGUAUUUGGGAAAAGAGGAAGAUCAAAGGGAAGGUUGCAAUUCAGAAAAUGGUUGUUGAUUUGAUGGAGGUAUAUUUAAACAGGCUAAGACUGAGGAGACCCCCAUACCCCAAGAACCCUGCCAUGGCCGAAUUUGCUUCUCAAUUUCCCCAUAACCCCACUCCUGAUCAGUUACAGGCCUUCAUUGAUGUUGAGAAGGAUUUGACAGAGAGAGAAACUCCAAUGGAUCGAUUGAUCUGUGGAGAUGUUGGGUUUGGCAAGACUGAAGUUGCUCAACGUGCCCUCUUUUAUGUGGUUUCAUCAGGAAAGCAGGCAAUGGUAUUAGCACCAACCAUUGUUUUGGCUAAACAGCAUUUUAGUGUUAUAUCAGAGAGAUUUUCCAAUUACCCCAACAUCAGGGUUGGGCUCAUGAGCAGAUUUCAGACUGCAUCAGAAAGAGAGGAGUAUUUUCACAUGAUCAGAAAUGGGGAACUGGAUAUUAUUAUUGGAACCCACUCGCUUCUUGGAAGCCGUGUCUCAUAUGAUAGAUUAGGUCUUCUUAUAGUUGAUGAAGAACAGAGGUUUGGUGUCAAACAGAAGGAGAUGAUUGCUUCAAUGAAAACUUCAGUUGAUGUUCUUACUCUUUCUGCAACUCCUAUACCAAGAACCCUAUAUUUAGCAUUAACUGGAUUUCGUGAUUGCAGUUUGAUCUCAACAGCACCUCCUCAAAGAGUUCCUAUAAAAACCCAUCUUUCAGAGUAUAGUGAGGCAAAAGUUAUAUCAGCAAUCCAGUUUGAACUCGAUCGUGGAGGCCAGGUUUUCUAUGUUUUACCACGUAUUCAAGGUCUCGAAGAGGUUCUGGCAUUUCUUGAGAAGUCAUUUCCAGAUGUUGAAGUUGCCCUUGCUCAUGGACAGCUAUAUUCGAAACGAUUGGAGAAAACCAUGACAAGAUUUGUGGAAGGAGAAAUCAGGAUUCUAGUUUCCACAAAUAUUGUAGAAAGUGGCCUUGACAUUCAAAAUGCUAACACCAUCAUAAUCCAAGACUUUCAGCAAUUUGGGCUUGCACAGCUCUAUCAGUUACGUGGAAGGGUAGGAAGGUCAAAUAAGGAGGCUCAUGCUCAUCUAUUCUACCCCAACAAGUUGUUGCUUACUCCAGCAGCAAAGAAAAGGCUUGAAGCUCUUGAAGAAUGUGGUGACCUUGGUCAAGGGUUGCAACUUGCAGAAAGAGACAUGACUAUUAGGGGAUUUGGUAAUAUUUUUGGUGUGCAACAAACAGGAGAUAUUGGCAAUGUAGGCAUUGAUCUCUUCUUUGAAAUGCUUUUUGAGAGCUUAUCCAUGGUUGAUGUGCAUCGAACUCAUCCGGUUUCUUUCAAAUCCGUCAAGCUUGAAUUGGACAUAAACCCUCGUCUGUCAUCGGAGUAUAUAAAUUAUCUGGACAAUCCUAUAGAAGUAGUGAAGGAUGCAGAAAAGGCUGCAGAAAAGGACACGUGGAGUUUGGUACAGUUUACAGUGGAUCUCAGGAGGCAAUAUGGAAAAGAGCCUUACGCCAUGGAAUCUUUACUAAAAAAACUUUAUGUGAAAAGAAUGGCAGCAGAUAUAGGAAUCACUAGAAUCUAUGUUAAUGGAAAAACCGUGGUAAUGAUGACAAACAUGAACCAACAAGUAUUCAAGAUGAUCACAGAUGCCAUGUUUUCAGACACUCACCGCAACAUGCUUGCUUUUCAAGCAGGCCAAAUUAAGGCGGAAUUACUUAUUGAUCUACCAAAGGACCAGCUUCUUACUUGGAUAUUCCAGUUGUUAGCCGAACUUCAUUCUGCGUUACCAGCCCUUAUAAGAUACUAAAUGGACGCUUCAUGUUCACGGAGUGUAAUCAAGAUGGUCUAUAAGGAACUGAACCGAACCGAAUCGAAUCGGGCAUAAACUAACCUAAACGAACCCAACCUGACCGUUUCUGUUGUGUAGAUGAAACCUGAACCCAAACAUUAACAAUGCAUGCUCAUGCUGAUGCAUGCUAGUGAUAGGGUGUAUGCACACAGGACAGGCCACAUACGGUCAUGGGGUCAUGGUUACGUGAAUAUAUGGAAUAUGUUUUGUAACUAAUUAGCUCAACUGUUGGCUUAUUGUAAUUAUCAUCAUAGAUUUUAUUAUUUAUGGGAUUUUAGGAGCCUUAUUAUUUAUGUGAAGUAAUAUGCAAAAUGUUGUUUGAUUA